UUUUCCGGAGCGCUUCAGUGUUAGCCAGGCUGGGGUGCGGGAGGUGGGGAGGACCCACUCGGUUUCUGGGCUUCUUAACGCUACCCCCACCCCACCCCCAUUUUGGUUUGGAAACUUGGGCUAUUUGUGGGUUUGACGCUGGUGGAGGGCGGGCGAGAGUCGAGGAUCUCCGUGGCGCUCUCCUCCGGGGUGAAGUUUCCCGGGAGGAGUUCAGAAAGAAAACCCGGGUCGCUAGAAAACCCAUGCGCUUCCUUCCUCCUUCCACACUCACCCCACCGCUGCUCCGCCGCAACUUUCCCGGGACCCCGCGCGCGUUUCCUCCAGUUCCCUCUGCUCUCUCGCUUCCUCUCCCCUACGCUUAAUUUUGGACAUGACUUUUUAUGAUCUCUUUGGAAUAAACAAACCGAAUUCCAAGACAAUCCGAAACCCAAGUGCUAAUCUGUGGUCCUCUUUGCCUGCGAGCCUGGGGCAGAGGUGCGGGGCCCGGCGGGGGCGUGGGUUAGCGGCUGCCCAGCCCUGCGGGGCGCGGGCUCGGCCUGGGAAUCCCGGGGCCCCCCGCACGCAGUAGCCGGCACUUCUCCGUGCGGUGCUCUCCCACUCCGCGUCCCUGAGCCCGGCCGGCGCCCUUCGCCCUUCUCGGCGCCCUGCCCGGGCCCGCCGGCCGCUGCAAGCUCUGCAGACCCACCGAGACCUGCCACUCCGGGGCUCGGCCCAGGCCCGGGGCGGUGCUGCCACCGGCCCUAGCCCGGCUGCUCUCGGGGGAGCCGCUUUCUUCUUUCUCCCGUAAAGGGCCGGCCGGAGAAAGGAAGGGGCUUGUGCAGAAUCUGCUGGGGUUGUGCUCGGGCGCCAGGAGGAGCGCCUGCAGCUGCGGAGGGCAGAUUAGCUCCCUUUCCUGGACUGUUUCCCCGGCGCUCCGAGGAGCUUUAAGAUAAAAAAGAGAGAAUUGGUGUGUUCCGAGCAGAUAAAAGGUGGUUGUUGCCGGCGUGUUUUGAGUUUUAUUUAAGUUCUCUUAGGCUGACCAAGUUUGAAAACAUUUAUUUGUAUGGAUUGUCAGAUAUUGCAUGCUGCCCCUACUUGGGGACUAAAAAUGAGCCUACGACUCUGCUGGCUGGGCUGCGCUGUGAGCGAGAUGGGUUGUCCCCGGCCGCGUCUGUGCGUGUGACCUCCUCUGGGGGCCGUGCUUGAAGUUUCGGUCUGGAGACGGCCCGAAGCCGUCGCUACGGCAAACGGGGCUGGGCUCUGGGCCUCCCUCCGGCUGCACUGUCAGUGGGGCACUAGGAUGACGUCCCUGUCCGGUCCGGGGCGCUUGACCCCGGCGCGCACUCUGGUGGCCCGCCCUUCUCCCCGGCUGGGCGGCCCAGGCAACAACCCAGUGGAGUCGGGAUGCGCGAGUGCCCCUUCUCCCCCGCCUCCGCAGGGGCUCCUCUCUCCUGCCCUUUAUAGUCACAUGCCCAGGUCCCGGGUCCCGAGGAGAACAGACGCAGCCCCGCCCAGUCUAUUUCUAGGAGGAGGGUUUGGUGAAUAAAAAGGUCAAGUGGUUGGGUCCGCGAGCUGGUCCAUGGCGAGGGGGGACGGGACGGACACCUGGCAAGGACCUCCCCGCCUGUCCCCCACAACCCUGGCGGGCCCUCCCCCCCAUGGCUGGCCUCCUCAGGCCACAUUCUUUCGCUAAGUGUGAGAGGCUGUGGGAAAAGCAAUCCCGAGACGGCUGAGAGCCGGCGAAGCUGAUCCCGCGAUGGCAUUUUGUUUUGAACAGUUGCUUGGGUUGACGUUUCCUCAUAAGGCAUUUAAUGUUGGUGAGGCAAGGGCAGAGGUCAGCAACAACCCCUUCUGUUUCCAAGUUUGCAGGUCACUUUCAUGAAUUCAAAGGCAAUUUACCAGUGAUUUUGGGUGCUGGGGCUGAUUUUUUUUGGCGUAUUUACAUUCUAUAUCUUCUGAUGAGGAAAGGAAAAUGCUUCAAGAAGGACUUUGUGACCUCUCAUCACUUUGUAUAAGAGCCCAGAAGAAUGUCUUCCAAGCAAGCCACCUCUCCAUUUGCCUGUUCAGCUGAUGGAGAGGAAGCGAUGACCCAAGAUUUGACCUCAAGGGAAAAGGAAGAGGGCAGUGAUCAACAUGUGGCCUCCCAUCUGCCUCUGCACCCUAUAAUGCACAACAAACCUCACUCUGAGGAGCUACCAACACUUGUCAAUACCAUUCAACAAGAUGCUGACUGGGACAGCAUUCUGUCGUCUCAGCAAAGAAUGGAGUCAGAGAAUAAUAAGUUAUGUUCCCUAUAUUCCUUCCGAAAUACCUCUACCUCACCACAUAAGCCUGACGAAGGGAGUCGGGACCGCGAGAUAAUGACCAGUGUUACUUUUGGAACCCCAGAACGCCGCAAAGGGAGCCUUGCCGAUGUGGUGGACACACUGAAACAGAAGAAGCUUGAGGAAAUGACUCGGACUGAACAAGAGGAUUCCUCUUGCAUGGAAAAACUACUAUCAAAAGAUUGGAAGGAAAAAAUGGAAAGACUAAAUACCAGUGAACUUCUUGGAGAAAUUAAAGGUACACCUGAGAGCCUGGCAGAAAAAGAACGGCAGCUCUCUACCAUGAUUACCCAGCUGAUCAGUUUACGGGAGCAGCUCCUGGCAGCGCAUGAUGAGCAGAAAAAACUGGCAGCCUCACAAAUUGAGAAACAACGGCAACAAAUGGACCUUGCUCGCCAACAGCAAGAACAGAUUGCAAGACAACAGCAGCAACUUCUGCAACAGCAGCACAAAAUUAAUCUCCUGCAGCAACAGAUCCAGCAGGUUCAGGGUCACAUGCCUCCGCUCAUGAUCCCAAUUUUUCCACAUGACCAGCGGACCCUGGCAGCAGCUGCUGCUGCCCAACAGGGAUUCCUCUUCCCCCCUGGAAUAACAUACAAACCAGGUGAUAACUACCCCGUACAGUUCAUUCCAUCAACAAUGGCAGCUGCUGCCGCUUCGGGCCUCAGCCCUUUACAGCUCCAGAAGGGUCAUGUCUCCCACCCACAAAUUAACCCAAGGCUAAAGGGCCUAAGUGACCGUUUUGGCAGGAGUUUGGACACCUUUGAACAUGGUGGUGGCCACUCUUACAACCACAAACAGAUUGAGCAGCUCUAUGCCGCUCAGCUGGCCAGCAUGCAGGUGUCACCUGGAGCAAAGAUGCCAUCAACUCCACAGCCACCAAACACAGCAGGGGCAGUCUCACCUACUGGGAUAAAAAAUGAAAAGAGAGGGACCAGCCCUGUAACUCAAGUUAAGGAUGAAGCUGCAGCACAGCCGCUGAACCUCUCAUCCAGACCCAAGACAGCAGAGCCUGUCAAGUCCCCAACCUCUCCCACCCAGAGCCUCUUCCCAGCCAGCAAAACCAGCCCAGUCAGCCUGCCCAACAAAAGCGGCAUCCCCAGCCCCAUUGCAGGGAGCCUGGGAAGGGGAUCCUCUCUAGGUAAAUGGAAAGGUCAACACCAGGAAGAGACUUAUGAAUUAGAUAUCCUGUCCAGUCUCAACUCCCCUGCCCUGUUUGGGGAUCAGGAUACGGUGAUGAAAGCCAUUCAGGAGGCUCGGAAGAUGCGAGAGCAGAUCCAGCGGGAGCAACAGCAGCAACAGCCACACGGGGUUGAUGGGAAACUGGCCUCCAUGAAUAAUAUGGGGCUGAACAACUGCAGGAAUGAAAAGGAAAGAACGCGCUUUGAGAACUUGGGGCCCCAGCUAACAGGCAAGUCCAGUGAAGAUGGGAAGCUGGGCCCAGGUGUCAUCGAUCUCACUCGGCCAGAAGAUGCAGAGGGAAGUAAAGCAAUGAAUGGCUCUGCAGCUAAACUACAGCAGUAUUAUUGUUGGCCAACAGGAGGUGCCACUGUGGCUGAAGCACGAGUCUACAGGGAUGCCCGUGGCCGGGCCAGCAGCGAGCCACACAUCAAGCGACCAAUGAAUGCAUUCAUGGUUUGGGCGAAGGAUGAGAGGAGGAAAAUUCUUCAGGCCUUCCCCGACAUGCAUAACUCCAACAUUAGCAAAAUUUUAGGGUCUCGCUGGAAAUCCAUGUCCAACCAAGAGAAGCAACCUUAUUAUGAAGAGCAGGCCCGGCUAAGCAAAAUCCACUUAGAGAAGUACCCGAACUAUAAAUACAAACCUCGACCGAAACGCACCUGCAUUGUUGACGGCAAAAAGCUCCGGAUCGGGGAGUAUAAGCAACUGAUGAGGUCUCGGAGACAGGAGAUGAGGCAGUUCUUUACUGUGGGGCAACAGCCUCAGAUUCCAAUCACCACAGGAACAGGUGUUGUGUAUCCUGGUGCUAUUACUAUGGCAACGACCACACCAUCACCUCAGAUGACAUCUGACUGCUCUAGCACCUCUGCCAGCCCAGAGCCCAGCCUCCCGGUCAUCCAGAGCACUUAUGGCAUGAAGACAGAUGGCGGAAGCCUAGCUGGAAAUGAAAUGAUUAAUGGAGAGGAUGAAAUGGAAAUGUAUGACGACUAUGAAGAUGAUCCCAAAUCAGACUAUAGCAGCGAAAAUGAAGCCCCAGAAGCUGUCAGUGCCAACUGAGGAGUAUUUGUUUGCUGAAUUAAAAUACUCUGACAUUUCAUCUCCCCUUCCCCAACAAAAAGUUCUUAAAGAGCCCGCAUGCAUUUGUGGCUCCACAAUUACAUCAGCAGAAUGGUCUUAAUUAUUUUGUAAAGUGUGAGACAGAUUAAGUUUUCCCUGAUUUUUCAUGAACUUGAGUUUUUUGUCGUUAUUGUUAUUGUUGUUGUUGUUUUUUAAAAUUUAGGUGAAGACAUAUUAAAUAUGAGACACCAGGACUUGAAAACUUAUCUCAACCCAUAGCUGUCUUACAAGUCUUAUAUUUUUGUCUUACUUUUUUUUUCUUUUGGAUGUUGAUAAAGGUUUAAGUUACUGUUUUAGAUGGGGUUAAACAUUCUCACUCAGGUAUGCUGUGCCGGCCUACAGGUUGUGAAUGUGUUUUUAUUCUGAAUUACUUUAGAAAAUAACUGAGGAUUUCAUUUUGUGAAACAGAACAAGUCCACGGCGUGUGCAGCUGCAUGUAGAGCAUAUUCAAAAGGCCUCAGAAUUCCAUGUGUCCAUGUGUAGAGUUAAACUUUGAAUGUGCCAAACUUUUUCAUCACUUUUGAAUCUUAAUAUUUUGAAAAGUCUUAAAGGAGACACUGCAAAGUCUUAGACAAUCUUUGGCAUCUUAAAAUAAAAUAGCAAACCAGACAUUUUUUUUUCCAGAAAAAUGGUAAAGUACUCAGGAAUCUGGAGACAAGAUAUUGAAAGGAAUGAACAAGGUUGCCACAGUGCAUGUACCCAAUCGUGUUUGCCUCUUGACGUGCCAUCAGUGUGUGACGUGUAUAUGACGUGUGCACACCAGAGCGAUCACCACACCAGAUACCGACAUGGUGGUCUCCUCUGCCCGAGACCACCUCUCACUACAUCCAUCAUCCCUUUGCCUUUAACCCUGACAUUCAGUCUUAACGCAAUUUUUUCUUAAAUAAUUUAUUCAUUCCAGAAUGUCAAGGGUCCACUUACUAUUUAUUUUUUAAAAAAUUGUUGGUGGCAUUAAUUUAAUAAUUCUUGUUUUUCACCUUCCUUCCCCAAAGAACUUUUCAGCCCUUUCACCUCCUUCUCCUGCUAGAUACAAAAGAUGUACAUAGUGAUUUUGUCCCCAGAGCAUCUGGAAGCAUUUCUGAAACAAGGUACUAUCAAAUACCUUCGCGUUGUUUUUAAACAUGAGUGUGUAUCGCGCUGCAGGGCUGUGUAUUUGGAUACAGGUGCAGAGUCUUACACUUCAACAGCUAGGCCCCUGAGGUUCGCUGUGACCCCGAGUCUCUUGCCAGAAUUUCCCCCUAAGUCAGCUCAGCGGCAAGUGGUAGGAUCUGCCUUCACGGCAUUUGCCCUGAAUGUCACUCAGCAGCAAGGGUCAGCAGCAAGGGUCAACGGUGGUGACUCCCAGCAGAGAAGUCCCGCAGCCAAACCUACAGCCCAAGGCUGGGGGCCAUGGAGGAGGCCACGGUGAUGCUGUCAGGGGCUGGCAUCUUUACACUGAGUUGCCUUGUCCCAUCUGGCCCAUUUAGGGAGUUCUUUGCAAAAUCCCCAGGAUGCAAGAAGCCACAAGACAGCCUCUAUGAAAAGACAGAGGCAGAGAGUCAUGAUACAUCCAGAGGGUGAAAGAAAACCUUAAGGAAGGAGAAGGAGGGGAAAUACAUUCUCUACGGGGGAUAUUCCCACCGUUAACUCUGGGAACAGAUCACUGCUGGGGUAGCAGAGUUCCUCGGGCUCAUGUCCUCUGUCUGUGGCCUCCGUGUGAACAAGAUUAACUACACUUGUCACACAAGGACUUUUUUGGAGAUGUGCUGAUGGGCUGGGAGGCAGUGAGGUUGGAUUCCCCAUCUCCUCCUCACAGGGAUCUUGGCCUGAUUGCCUAUGGGCGAGGGGAGCCAUCACUAGAGUUGGAGAAUGUCUGCAGAUGGGACAGUUCACCUCACAGGACAAUCCAGAAUCUGAUCACCAGAACAUAGGAACAGCCCCAUCAGAUUUCUUGAGCCAUUUUUGUCACUUGGAAGAAAAUAGUGUACCUUCAUAUUUAUUUAAAGAGUGCUCAAGGCCAUACCUAAUAGCAAUAACUAGCUCUAGCCACAAUAUUCUGGCUACAUCGUUAGCUGGGAGUGCUCUCCAUAAGCUGAUUAAGGUACUGAUAGGAAUGUUUUGUUCUUAAUAUUGGUUGGGGAUUGGAACUUUGUUUUUGUACAUUUAUUUCAAAUGAGGAGGAGGUCAUUUUUCUUUAAAAAAAUGAGUAUUUAUUAUUGUCUUACUGAUUUCUUUUGAACGUAUACCUCUCCUCCUCGUUCAUCCUCAUGUUUUUUUCUCAUCCUCCUUGACUUUGCUUUGCCCUCUCCACUCCUUUUUUAUUUUGUUGCAUAGGUAGAGUGCUAUAUGGCUAGCAUUGUAAUGUAUGUAAUUAAUUUUGCACAGAGGCAAACAUUUAGAAUAGUAGGUUAAUUUUGUUUGUUUUAUGACCAUGCCAAAAUAAUAUUCUGGGCUGGUGGAGAACAAAGGACUGUUCUUUAGGACUGAAACUUGAUUUCGCUUGUAGUAAAACAAAACAAAACAAAACAACAAAAAAAA